AAUCCCCACCAUCACAAGAAAAUCCAAAAGAAGAAGAAAGCCACACAAAGAGCAACUACACCAGAUGGACUAUCCUGAAUCCAUGUCUCAAUAUGAGUUUGAAGAAGAAGAGUCUUCAGAAGAAGAAAACGACGAAGCUAAGGAAGAAAAUGAAGUUGAAGAGGAAAAGCCACAAACAAGUAUACAUCUCUCAGAAAAUAUGAGACAAAUUUCCAUUGAGCGAAUUAAUGAAGGGUCCAGUACCGAAGAACAGAUUGAAGGUGUCCGGUGUCAAGUAGCUCCACUUGCAGAUAGGCAGAGCGUGCUCGAGUCACAGUUCUAUGAUUAUUGCAGCGUGAAGGAGCAAGAAUCCACAUUUCAGAAGCUUCAGAUUAUGUGUCUCGGUCUCAAGCUUGAGUCACUGGAAUCCCGAAACCAAAGGCUUGAAGAUACCAUUGCCGAGCUUAGAGAAGCCGUGGAGAAUGUGGAUGUGAUGAGAGCAGAUAUCAAACUGCUUCAAAAGAAGGCUAAGAAGCUAACCAAAGAAAAUAAAGAAUGCUCAAAACUUAUACAACAGUAUGUUCCAAAAUUUGAGGCAAAGGAGGAGAUAUCAAGGAGCAAUGAGAAUCUCCAUUUGGCAACCAAAGAAAUCAAAGAGGUGGCUGAUCAACUGCACAAGGAAAUCAAAAGGAUAGAGCUGAAGUUGGAGACAAGAGCAUCGGAGUUUCAGAUAGAGGAUAUAACUAGCUUUGCCAGCACAAAACUGUCUGAACAAUUGCAGCAGCUUCGAGACCAAUGGUCUGCGGAUAUGGAGGAGCUGAUUUAUCUCUGGUGGAUUAAUGCAUCCUUAAGGCGUGAAAUCUUUGUAGUUCAAGAAGAAGAAGAAAACGAUGAUGACAAUGACCAUGAUGAUGAUCGUGUUGAAGAAAGGGAGAAAGGGAAACCUGUAGCAAACUUGGGAGAUGAGGUAGUAAUGGAGCUUCCACAUGAUGAGCAUGUCGAGAAUUGCACUGUAGAAUGCUAUGGUACAAAAUGUGUCUCACCGGUUAGAGACACUAAGGACUCAUGUAUAGGCAUGAUCAAGGCUAUGAGCCCUGAAAGAAGCUCAAAGAAACCAAGGUUGCUGAGUAAACUCAAAGGCUGGGCAGCGGGGAAUGGCAGGUGUAAAAGAGUUGGUGGCAAAGGAAGAAGAGCUGAAGGUUGGCCUUGUUCUAGUUCUUGAAGACCAAGUGAAAGUUGAGAGGUUGGAAGGCAAAAGCUUGUGAAGGUUGAUGUUUUCAGAAUUAAAACAGCGCGUAAUACGCUUCAGCAAUGAUUUUAUGUAAUCGUGUAUGAAGAUCAUGUCUUGCCAAAGUAAAGGUUAUAUAAAUUUAUGGUCGAGUCAAAUAAAUAAAACCCGUGGUCAAAGUGUUGCGAU